AUGACGGCCCUCACUCUGGAGACGGUGAUGCGUCGAUUUGCCGACGUGCACAGUGUUUCGCAAGAAGCUAUCGAGACGAUUUCUUUAUGGGUAAUGCACUAUAGGGACAAAAGGUCGAUUGACAUUAUUGUGGAAGCCUGGCUCGAAAGUUUCAAGAUAGCCAAAAAAGAUGAACAACGCAUCGCAUUGUUUUACAUAAUGAACGAUGUUGUUCAACGAGCUAAAAUGAAGCAUAUGGAUGUGCUUAUUCCUACUUUCCAACCUGCCGUGCUCAGUGCUGUAACAAUGGGAAAGGGUUCACCAAGUGUUAAGCAUGUGAUGCAACGAUGUAUAGACAUAUUUGGAGAAAGGCAAGUGUUCACGGAAGCGAGUGUAAACGUAAUGAAAAACAUGCUGCAGUCCGAAGAAAAUGGAGAAGGAGACGAAAGUUAUGUUGAGCUGGAUUCUGAAGAAGUGUACAGAAAGAUAGAACUCUUCGAACGGGGACGAUUGAUAGUGACUCGUGGAAUGGAGGUACUUCGAAAUGGAGAUUUCGACUGUAAGGCACUCAUGAAGGACCGCAUGAGAGAUCGCACUGUAGCAGCACAGCUAGUUAUGGAAACACAGCAGGUAAAAACAUAUGAAUAUGUUUUCGGUUCAUGGAUAACUCUUUAA